UGAGUUAGUCAAAUUAUAACACUACGUAUUUUGGAACUAUAAAUAGGCCGGGUUCAUAUAUUCUCAUGCAUUGAUCAUCAAUUGAACAAUAGUAUAUUCUGAUACAUAUAUGAUAUAUUCAUCAAACAUGAACAAUCAUACGUUGUUUAGUGUUCUCAUAGCAAUAAUCACGAUUCUUAGUGUUACACAUUCAACUCUCGCUACAGAAGUUUCUCAAGAUGGGCGUGCAAUUCUCAUCAAUGGCGAGCGAAAGAUCAUUCUAUCUGGCUCCAUCCAUUACCCUCGUAGUACUCCCGAGAUGUGGCCUGAUUUAAUAAAAAAAUCGAAAGACGGAGGGCUUGAUGCAAUUGAAACAUACGUGUUUUGGAAUUCGCAUGAGCCAGUACGUAGGCAGUAUGAUUUUACAGGUAGAAAUAAUCUUAUAAGGUUUUUGAAGACUGUUGAAGAUGCUGGACUUUAUGCCAUUCUUCGUAUCGGUCCAUACGCUUGUGCUGAAUGGAAUUACGGAGGGUUUCCGGUAUGGUUGCACAACAUGCCUGGGAUUGAGCUCCGAACUAAUAACAAAGUGUUCAUGGAUGAGAUGCAAAAUUUCACAACUUUGAUAGUUGAUAUGGUUAAAAAGGAGAACCUUUUUGCUUCUCAAGGUGGUCCGAUCAUCCUUGCCCAGAUUGAGAACGAAUAUGGCAAUGUUAUGGCUCCCUAUGGAGAUGCCGGAAAAGAGUACUUGAAUUGGUGUGCAAAGAUGGCCGUAGCUCAAAACAUCGGAGUCCCAUGGCUUAUGUGCCAACAGAGUGAUGCACCCCAACCAAUGAUUAAUACAUGCAAUGGUUGGUACUGUCACGAUUUUACACCAAACAAUCCUAACGUCCCCAAGAUCUGGACCGAAAAUUGGACAGGAUGGUUCAAAGCAUGGGGUGGUAAACGUCCAUAUAGGACUUCAGAAGAUGUUGCUUAUGCUGUAGCUCGUUUCUUCCAAACUGGAGGCACUCUUCAAAAUUACUACAUGUACCACGGAGGAACUAAUUUCGGAAGAACAACCGGUGGUCCGUACAUCAGCACGAGCUACGAUUACGAUGCACCCCUCGAUGAGUACGGUAAUUUGAACCAACCCAAAUAUGGACAUCUGAAGCAACUUCACGACGUGUUGCACUCAAUGGAAAAGGUUUUGACCUAUGGAGAUAUUCUGAAAACUGAUAUGGGCAACUCUGUUACGGUUACAAGUUAUAAGUAUAACAACAUCUCGAGUUGUUUCAUUAACAAUGAUAAUACUUCUGUCGAUGCAACUAUUACAUUUCAAGGUCAAAACUUCACCAUUCCCGCUUGGUCUGUUAGUAUUCUUCCCGAUUGCAAAAACGAAGCAUACAAUACUGCUAAGGUGAACACACAAACUUCCAUGAAAUCAAAGAUAAGCAAUGAAGCUGAACAAGAACCAAGCUCUCUUAGUUGGAGUUGGAGGCCUGAAAUAAUCUCUAGCUAUGUGAAAGGCGGUAUUGGCGAAUUCAGCGCGGAUGUUCUCCUAGAACAAAAGGCUGUUACUAAUGACACCAGUGACUAUUUGUGGUACAUGACUAGUGUCAACCUCGACGAUAAAGAUCCCAUUUGGAGCGAAGACAUGAGCCUUCAAAUCAAUACAAGUUCCCAUGUUCUUCAUGCUUAUGUCAAUGGCAAAGAAGUUGCUUCUCAAUAUGCUCAAGGUCAUUACCACUUCGUUUUUUACCAGAAAGUCAAUCAUUUUAGGAAGGGGAAGAACCUUAUUUCACUCCUUAGUGCUACUGUUGGACUUCAGAACUAUGGUCCUUUCUUUGACAAGACUCCCGUGGGACUAACCGGUCCCGUAAAGAUAGUCGGAAAGAAGAGUAAUAAUGAGGUAGUGACAAAGGACUUAUCUUCUGAAACAUGGACAUACGCGACUGGUUUACAAGGUCUGGAUAAUAAGAAGCUCUAUAGCGAAGAUUCAGCCUAUGCCCUAACAUGGAGAAAUGACCGUGAUAUGCCCAUUAAUAGGAAAAUGAUAUGGUACAAGACGACAUUCGAACCACCGUUGGGAACGGACCCAGUAGUUGUAGACCUAAGUGGGAUGGGCAAAGGAGAAGCAUUUGUGAAUGGAAUGAGCAUUGGAAGGUAUUGGCCAAGCUAUUUAGCCGGUAAAGAUGGUUGUAGCCUCAACGCUUGCAACUACCGCGGCCGAUACGACAACAACAAGUGUGUCUCCAACUGCGGCAAAUCCAUCCAAACUGAGUACCAUGUACCGCGAUCUUUCCUAAGGGAUGAUGUGAACAGUCUUGUUCUAUUCGAGGAAUUCGGAGGAAACCCGACACAAGUAAACUUCAAAUCAGUCAGAACAGGAGGAGCUUGUGCAAAUGCGUACGAGGGAAACACACUAAAGUUGUCAUGUGAAGGAAGAUACAUUUCUGCUAUUAACUUUGCAAGUUUCGGUAACCCAACUGGUGUUUGUGGAUCCUUUCAGAAAGGAUUGUGCCAAGGACCCAACGAUGCUAAGACUAUCCUUACAAAGACUUGUGUUGGCAAAGAGACUUGUUCAGUAGAUGUUUCGGAGGAGGUGUUUGGUGCAGCAUCAAGUUGUGGAGAUGAAAUCAAGAGACUUGCUGUAGAGAUUGUUUGUUAAUUUAUAUAGUUUUACAAUUUAGUAGUUUUAGGAGUUAAUUAAUACACUUAAUAGUGAUUUAGUUUUAGGAGUUGUUAUUCAUUGAUAGCAAUGAAUAAAUAUUGUUCUGUGCCACAAUAAUAAAACGAUUCAAAUAAUAAGAGUGUAUUUUUUUUCAAUUCUAAAUGUUAGCAGGAUA